AAAAAAAACAAAAAAAAGGAAUAAGAAGACAUGGCUCCACAUAAGCAGUGGACACAAAAAUAAAUAUCACUGGAAAUAUAAAGUCCUUUUUUAGGCAGUGAUGAGUUGCUUAUAGUUUUGCAGUUCUCUACAGAAAGCAGCAGUUUGCUACUGCUUUUGGCUGAAUAAAUAAAUAUUUUUUUUUUCAGCGAAACUAAAAGGAAAAGAGCCUAAAUUAAUGGAGACACUUGCUCUUCCCUCACUCUUUUAUUGUCUCAUUGCUUUCUCAACCUUCUUGCAAUUCUGCAUUGCAGCUGACACCAUUAGUUCUGGGCAAUCAAUUAGCGGUAACCAGACUCUAGUUUCCUCAGGCCAAGUUUUUGAGCUGGGCUUCUUCUCUUCAGGCAACAACAAGAGCAGAUACUUGGGCAUAUGGUACAAGAAGACCCCAGGGAUACUUGUGUGGAUAGCGAACCAGAACAAUCCACUCACAGAUGCAUCUGGAGUUUUCACUAUCAGCAACAAUGGAACGCUUACUCUUCUCAACCAAAGAAACCACACUAUCUGGUAUUCCAACUUGUCCAGGGUCGCACAGACACCAGUUGCUCAGCUUUUAGAUUCUGGUAACCUUGUUCUUGAAGACACUGUUACAUCUAGCUCUAAAAGCUAUCUGUGGAAGAGCUUUGAUUACCCACUUAACACAUGGUUACCAGGCAUGACAUUAGGAAAGGACAUGAACAAUGGAGUAGACCGAUUUUUGACAUCUUGCAGAGACUCAGAUAUUGCAUCUCCUGGAGAUUUUACAUACAAAUUUGAUUAUAAGGGGUUGCCUCAAAUAAUUCUUAGAAGGGGGUCAGUAAAAAAAUUCCGCACUGGACUAUGGAAUGGAGUUCGAUUUGGUGGUCUUCCUGUGCCUGUUAAUCAAUAUUUUGUUCCCAUAUUAGGACUUCAAAAGGACGUGGUGGGAAAUUUAUAUGAACCUAAAGACAAGUUGAAUAAUAUGAGGAUAACAUUGAGUCAGUCCGGCAUCCUGCAAGGCAUUUUAUUGAAGGAAGGAAGCAGUGAAUGGACCAUUAUGAAUGCAAUUCCAAAUGACUUGUGUGACAAUUAUGGGCAGUGUGGUGCCAAUAGUGUUUGCACAAGUUACAAAUCAUCAAUCUGCAAGUGUUUGGAAGGUUUCAUCCCCAAAUCACCAGAAGAAUGGAAACAGCUCAUUUGGUCGAGUGGAUGUGUGAGGAGAACUCCACUGGAAUGCCAGAGGAAAGAUGGUUUCAUAAAGCUUGCGUGGGUGAAAUUGCCUGACUUGUUGGAGUUUUGGUUAAACAAGAGUAUGAGCACCAAGGAAUGCGAGGCGGAGUGCUUGAAGAACUGUUCCUGUACAGCAUAUGCAAAUUCAGAUAUUAGAGGAGGAGGCAACGGUUGUUUGAUCUGGUUUGGGGAUUUGAUUGAUAUUAUGGGGUACAGCGAAGAAAAUGAUAUUAGUGGGUAUUCAGAUGAAAAUCCUGGGCAAGACAUCUAUAUUCGACUGCCUGCUUCAGAACUUAGAUCAAUCCACAAAUCUAAUACGAAGAAAAGGCUGGUGGUCAUCCUAAUGGUAUCAAUCAUUUCUGGAUUGCUUACUUUGGGGUUGGUUUUUAGUUGUAUUUGGAAAACAACAAAUAUAAGAUGUGAAAGAAAGAAAGAAGACGUAGAGGUACCUUUAUUUGAUUUUACAACAAUUGCUACCGCAACAAACAAAUUCUCUCAAGCAAAUGUGAUUGGAGCUGGUGGAUUUGGUCCUGUUUAUAAGGGAAAUCUAUGUAAUGGACAAGAUAUUGCUGUGAAGAGGCUGUCAAAGGAUUCAAGACAAGGUCUCAAAGAGUUCAAGAAUGAAGUUGUUCUCAUUGCCAAACUUCAACAUAGGAAUCUUAUCAGCCUUUUAGGCUACUGCAUUCAAGGAGAUGAAAGGAUGUUAAUCUAUGAGUACAUGCCCAACAAAAGCUUGAAUUAUUUCAUUUUUGAACAAAAUGAAAGUGCAAUGCUGGCAUGGCCAAAGCGUUAUGAGAUUGUUGUUGGGAUUGUGCGAGGACUUCUCUAUCUCCACCAGGACUCUAGACUUCAAGUCAUCCAUAGGGAUCUGAAAGCAAGAAAUAUUUUAUUAGAUAUCAACUUGAACCCAAAAAUAUCAGAUUUUGGCUUAGCAAGAACUUUUGGAGGAGAUGAAAGUGAAGUGAAGACAGAUAGAGUUGUUGGAACAUACGGCUACAUAUCUCCUGAAUAUGCAGUUGAUGGAACAUUUUCAGUGAAAUCUGAUGUGUUUAGCUUGGGUGUGCUUAUGUUAGAGAUAAUGAGUGGCAAGAAAAACAGAAAGUUUUUUCAUCCAGAUCACCGCCAUAACCUUUUGGGACAUGCAUGGUUGCUGUGGAAGGAGGGCAGGGCGUUGGAACUACUGUUUACCUGUUUAGAGGAUUCAGAUUCCAUAUCUCAAGUACUAAGAUAUGAAAAAGUGAUUCUACCUGAGCCAAAGCAGCCUGGUUUCUUCAUAGAGAGAAGUUCUAGCAAUGCAGGUACAACAUCAAGAAAUGAAGAAUCCAGCAUAGAAAAUGUGGUGACUAUAACUAUGCCGGAAGCCAGAUAG